UGCUCCACAGUGGAGCAGGACCGGGACAUCUUCUCUCCAAAGCCCUACUGGAAGGAGUUCAGGUUCGACCUGACCCAGGUGCCCACGGGGGAGUCGGUGACGGCUGCCGAGUUCCGCAUCUACAAGGCACGAGGUGUCACCCGUCACCCCAACAGCAGCCUCCACCUCAGCAUCUAUGAGAUUGCUGCUGAGCACUCCAACAGGGAGUCUGACCUGUUCCUGCUGGAUGUCCAGGACCUGCGUGCUGGGAUGGAGGGCUGGCUGGUGUUUGAUGUCACAGCCGCCAGCAACCACUGGUUGGUGGAUCAGAAAUACAACCUGGGGCUGCGACUCUACGUGGAGACAGAGGAUGGGCACAGUGUUGACCCAGGCUCGGCGGGGCUGUUGGGGCGCCGGGGACCCCGUUCCAAGCAGCCCUUCAUGGUGACAUUUUUCCGGGCCAGCCCCAGCCCCCUGCGUGUCCCCCGGGCAGCCAGAGCCCCCAGGAGGCGGCAGCCCAAGAAGACCAACGACCUCCCACACCCAAACAAGCUGCCAGGAAUUUUUGAUGAUGUCCACGCCGGGGAUGGGCGACAGGUCUGCCGGCGCCACGAGCUCUACGUCAGCUUCCAGGACCUGGGCUGGCUGGACUGGGUGAUUGCCCCGCAGGGUUACUCAGCCUACUACUGUGAGGGGGAGUGUGCCUUCCCCCUGGACUCCUGCAUGAAUGCCACCAACCAUGCCAUCCUGCAGUCUCUGGUCCACCUGAUGAAGCCUGAGGCUGUACCCAAGGCCUGCUGUGCCCCCACCAAGCUCAGUGCCACCUCUGUCCUCUACUAUGACAGCAACAACAACGUCAUCCUCAAGAAGCACCGUAACAUGGUGGUGAAAUCCUGUGGCUGCCACUGA